ACGUAGUUCAGAGUCCGUAGUCCGUCAAUCAAAUCGCUGCGUAUGCUCUGGGCCCAGGUUGCUCCUUUGUCUCUCCUUUUGACUAUCAAAAUUGUGGUAUGCCGCCCGAGGCGGCGAUUCUUCCGAUCUCGGACCCGCCGCACAGCUACGACCAGGCUCAAGCUACGACAAUUGUCCGCCACAGCCGCAUGUCCGUCCCCGGCCGUGCUCCACUCCUUGAAGUCCUUCGCAAAGCUCGCACCGCGGCCGGACAGUGCAUGCAAGCACUGCUUCGUCUUCAGCCGAGUCGCUGGGACUGGGGCACAGGGCGCCAAGACCAAAGAUGACUUGACUAGCUGGUCAGCUCGGGCAUCGUGCGCUGUGAGCGUCGUUGGGCUGUACCGGCGCCCUCACAGCAGCGCGCAAGACGCAAGCCCCAGCCAGCCUCAGCCUCUAUAUCAGACCGUAGUACACCACCUAAAAGGAAGGUCAGAGUCGGACUGAGGCAUGCGUCGAGUCUAGUGCUAUCGAGGAAACGUGUUCGUCUGCCCCACCCAAAUCGCGAAAUCAGGUCGCCGGAGUUGUUUAUCGAGUCACAUUCACGCAUCCUGCGUUCGUAGGUGUGACGAACACGCUGCCGCAUGUUUCUGCGCAGGUGGUACGCUACACUGCCGCAGGCGCUGGCUGUCCACAAUCGAAGCAAGACCCGCCCCGCUGCUUGACAGCGUAUGACUCCAUGGGGAUGGGCCUACUCUUCCUAGCAGACGCUGCUGCA